UAGAGCUUCGCGGAGACGGCGGAAGCGGAGAGCCGCAGCUCGCCGGUGAGGCUGCUCUCAGAAAGGAACUUUUACACAGUUUGCCUUCAGAGACAGUCUAUCUGCAUGCUGUAGAGUUUUAUUACUUAGAAAAUAAAUGUUACUUAUAUGAUUGUGGUGGUGCCAUGCAGCAAGAAGCAGAGAGAUGCAGAGUUCGAGCCAGAAGGCCUGACAUGGCACUUUAUGUACCUAAAGCUCGUAGGGGUGCAGUACUCCUUAAGACAGGUAGUGAAGAAGAAAGCUGUGGUUCACCUAACUCUGUGGUGAAAGAAAAGCAAAAAGAAAGUUCUCUCUCCCAAAAAGAAGUCUUUAGAGACAAACCGGAGGCUCGAAGACUGAGUAUCAAUCCUGAUAGAAAGGAGCAUAAUUGUAGAGAAGGAAAGAAAUCUUCAACAAAAUUAAGAAUGGACACAUGCCUUCAAAAAACAAAUAGAGUUUGUUCUAAGAGAGGAACCACUGAAUCCAAAGAAGUAUUAUCCCAAGGACAACAGCAGGGAGCCCCAAAUGCUGGGGUUAUAACUAAUGCACCUUUACAGAGACAUUUUAAACCAAAGAAGGUGGAGUGUUUGGAAGUUGAAACUACAGAUGUGACAGGACUUGAGAGGAUACUUCUUUCACAGGCCUGUUCAGAAAUCAGUGAAGCUCAAGUUCCAAGCAAACCAUUCCAAAAUGUGGAAUUCUGUGACUUCAGUAGGCAUGAACCUGAUGGGGAAACAUUUGAAGACAAAGAUUUGGAAAGCAGAAUUGAAACUGAUAGCAAGGUUUUGGAGAUACUAUAUGAGUUUCCUAGAGUUUUUAGUUCUGUCAUGAAACCUGAGAAUAUGAUUGUACCAAUAAAACUAAGCUCUGAUUCUGAAAUUGUACAACAAAGCAUGCAAACAUCAGAUGGAAUAUUGAAGCCCAGCAGCAGAGGCAUCACCACUACUUCUGUUCCUGGAAAUCCAGAUGGUGUCUUUGAUCAAACUUACAUAGAUUUUGAAGUUGAGAAUGUAGGUGGUAUAGCCAAUAGUACAGGUUUCAUCUUAGAUCAAAAAGAUACAAAUUCCAUUCCUAAAACUACGGGUCACAUCUCUCUGUCAGAGAGCACAAAUGACACUGUUAGUCCAGUAAUGAUUAGAGAAUGUGAGAAGAAUGACAGCACUGCUGAUGAGUUACAUAUAAAGCACAAACCUCCUGAUACAGCUGUCCUUGCUCAUGGAACACAUAGAGAUAAUGGAUUUAAGAAUGUAGGUGACUUUACCAAUAAAGCAUGUAUGAUGGACACUACAGGUAUGUCCUGUAGUGAUCAUGUAACUGUUGAUAGCCCUUAUGUAGUUGCAGUUAGAAUAGCUGAUGAGACCCCUAAUAAUACACGAAGUUUCUCAAAGUUUAUAGGAAUGAGUGCAGAUGCAACUCCUCUUCAUGUAGCUAAAAGUGGGAAUGACACUGAAAAUUUCAGCAACCUGACUGCUUGCUCAGAUAUUUAUGCUGAGAGUAUUUCAUCUCAUUUUACAGAGUCAACAGGAAAGUUGAUAGAGAGCUUGUCAGAUUGUGCUUCCUCCUUACCUAUAAAAAAGAUUGCUGGUAGUAAUUAUAACGCUUUUUUGGACUCUGAACUCAGUAUGUUGAAUGGGAAAAAAGUUCUUUCAGACAGUGCCAUGGGCAUUGAUCUGGGUAGUACUGGUGAUACAACAGAAGCAUUGCACGAACUAAGAACUGCCGAAGAGUUCAAAACAAAAGAGCAAGAUGACUCAGAGAAUAUAGAAUUUGGUGUAUCUUUUCCUGAUAGGGAAUUAUUAUCUAUGGAAACAUCCAUCGAACCAAAAGCAACUGAAACUUCUCACACAGAGGGAAUUACUGCCACUGAGGAGAGCUGGGAGUCUAUGUUUAACGAUGAUGGUGACUGUCUGGAUCCACGUUUUCUACAAGAGUUAUCAGGGAAUAUGAAGAGCAGAGAGAGCAUCCAGGAACCUAGAUUUGAUUACUACAACCAUGAAGUUCCCGAUAUUGACCUCAGUGAUUGUGAAUUCCCACAUGUCAUUGAAAUUUAUGACUUUCCCCAAGAAUUUCGUACUGAAGACCUUCUACGGGUUUUCUGCAGUUAUCAAAAGAAAGGAUUUGAUAUUAAAUGGGUGGAUGAUACACAUGCCCUAGGAGUAUUCUCCAGUCCAAUUACAGCUCGUGAUGCGUUGGGUAUUAAACACACCAUGGUGAAGAUUCGUCCCUUGUCACAGGCCACAAGAGCAGCCAAGGCCAAAGCUAGAGCUUAUGCUGAGUUCCUCCAGCCAGCAAAGGAGCGUCCUGAGACUUCAGCAGUCCUAGCCAGAAGGUUAGUCAUCAGUGCCCUUGGGGUUCGAAGUAAGCAGAGCAAAACCGAACGAGAAGCAGAGCUCAAGAAACUCCAAGAAGCCAGAGAGAGAAAGCGGUUGGAAGCCAAGCAACGGGAAGACAUCUGGGAAGGCAGAGACCAGUCUGCAGCUUGAACAUCACUCAAUGAAAGGGAUAAUUCCAUGGAUCAGAAAAUGUUUCCAUAGCCUUCAGAUAAGAGGAUCCUUCCAGAGCUCUAUGUACAUGCAGAUGUGCAUGUUAAAGAGAUAAAGUGAUCGAGACAAGGACUGAUUGGGUAUAGAAGGAAGACAGACUCCUGUCUUCACUCCUAAAUGCAGUUCUUUGGAAUCACCCUACUGUGGUGGGCAUAGUAGGGAGCCAUCAGCUAGGAAGAAACGUGGGAGAUGUGAAUUCCAAGAGUGCCUUGGACAGGGCAAGUCAUGUUAGCGUGGGUCACACUUCCAAGAUAUUUAAAGCAAAUACAAAACAGAACAGAGGAUUCAAACCGCAAGUAUGGGAGAUUUAGGCCCUGCAGAGGCAGAGCAUUCCUUAGUAUCUCACAAAACAGAGUAACACCGGAGGCAGAGUAGGGGGUGGGUAGAGAGCAGUUAGUACAAAGAGACAGAACAGUGUCUGGUUUGCUUGGCAUACACAGAAUCUGCACUGCCAGUUCCAGAACUCCAAAGUUGGUCAACUACAGGAGAUGUGGGUAUUUAGACUCCAAAGUUUAUACUGAGCUCAGUGCCUGGGACCGCUCCAGCUGCAGUGCAGCCAGUGGGGAUACCAGCUUCAUUCCUCAGAGUAAACCAACCUUGGGAGCUGUGUGCCAGUUCUAGUGUAAGCAGUAAUACCAUGUUGUAAGAGGGAACAUUAAAGCCUGUUUUAUGACAUAUA